CAGUCUUUUACAAUGGCUCGUGGCAUUAAAUUCAUUGCCGCUCUGCUGGUGUUUAUUAUAACAAUAAAUGAAAGUAUUCAAGAAAGUAUUCCAGGAUUAUUUCCAAAAGAAAAAACACUCAUAUAUAAUUAUUAUGGUGACGUAAAAGCUGGAAUAAUUGAACCCGCAGCAUAUGCUUCUCAGUAUUCAAUAUCAGGAAAAUUACACAUCACACAUGACACCAGUAACCCAAAGUAUCAACAUUCGUACCUUAUUUCUCUUCAAGAUGUUAAAACAGGUCUUCACAAUGGAAACGCUGCCCAUUAUGAACCCACUAAAAUAUUAAUGCCAAUUUUAGAAGCCGCUAAAGUCAUUGAAGAGCCAUUUAUUGUGGUUUAUGAUGAUUUUGGGCAGGUAGAGGGUGUAAAAAUCCCUGAAGAAGAACCCCUGUGGUCUACAAAUAUCAAGAUGGCAAUGGCUUCUAUGCUUCAACUAGACUUGAAGAAUAUGAAGAUAGAUGGUCCCAUCAAGCCGCACAGUUUUAUCGUCCAGGAGAAAAGUAUCCAUGGUGAUUGCUGGACGAGCUAUGAUGUUCACGCCAAGCUGCCGACAAAUGAUCAGCAGGACAGUCCAAUUGUAGUUACUAAAUUUGCAUCACCUAAAAAUUGUACCAACUACAAUGUUCAUGUCUUUGAUCAAAUGGAUGCUGAGAGGUGUGAUGUACCUAAAGUGAUAAGUUAUAAAAAUAACAGUAUUUUAAUUGAAAAACUUAUCGCUCAUGGAGGUGUAAACUAUUUUCCAUGGCUAGGAAGAUCUGAGGCGCACUAUGUAUUAAAUAACGCAAGUUUUAUAUUGGAUAAAGUUGUCACAUCUUCAGAAAUAUCUUUGCCCGAAGUUGACUUUAAAGACAUGCCCUUGACAACUGACAUCAGUUAUCAACGGCCGCAGGGUUAUUAUGCAGAAAACGCGGCUGUUGACAUUACUAACGGGCUUAAUGUAGUCAAACAAGAUGUUAUUAUAAGUAAAUUAGUGAAUAUGUUAAAUGAAGCUGUGGAUUAUUUGGAGAAAAAUCACAUUGAUGCUAAAGAACCGGAUUCAGUUAACAGUCAAACUAUCAACAGAAUUCUGGAUAUUAUGAGUUUUAUGGAAAUUUCUUCAUUUGAAAAAGUCUUCGCAAAAAUUCGAAAUGUAUCAACUGAUCUAGGUACGCCAGCCUCUAAUGUCUUUAUAUGGAAUCUUGUGAAGAAUAAAGAAGUAACUGAUGGUGAAGCAUUAAGCAUGUUAGCAAAAAUGGCUUUUUAUGUCCGAGUACCCAAUGAAGAUUUUUUAAUUAAAAUGGAACCGCUACUUUAUUCAAGUGGUUUUUUGCAUCCAGAAAUUCGUAAAAUAAGUAUUCUGUCCUUUGCGACGAUGAUUUACAAAACAUUUAAAAAUAUGCCGGUGGAUCAAGUUAAUGACAGACUUGAUAGAUAUUUGACUUACUUUUAUGAUGGUCUCAUCAACGAACCAUCUUACACCUUAAAAAUAGGCUAUCUAAUGGCUAUCGGUAAUGUCCAAGUUGGAAAAAUUCACAAAUUAUUGGCUCCGAUAAUUCGUGGUGACAUUAGCGUGUCUGAAAACCCAUCUCACAUUCGUCUGAUGGCAAUAUGGGCAAUCAGUAAAUCCGUUUCGAAUGAUUAUAAUGCCGCUCAUGAUCUUUUGUGGCCUGUAAUGUCUGAUUACACUCUACCCUUAAAGCUCCGAAUAGCAGCUUACGAUAUUCUGAUCCGCCAAGUGCCCUCGAUGGAGAAUAUUCUUCAUAUCUACUGGUUUAUGGUCUACGAAAAAAGUGAAUAUCUUUAUAAUUAUCACCAUACAACCAUCAAAAGCCUGGCAAAUUCGUUGGAUCCAUGUGACGCUAAAUUACGAGAACUUACAACAAAAAUAAUGCGUUUCACUAAAAUACAUCAGCCUGUACCUCAUGAACUCUCUGCUUCCUAUAUGAUUGAUUCAAUUGAUCGAAUCUACGGCCACGGAGAGAGCUUCCGGAUUUCUUUGAUUCAUGAUGAACCCACUGGGAAUCUUGAAGUUAUUUAUCUUGAGCAUACAAUCGUUGAAGAUCCCUUGAACAAAUUCUUUUCUGUAACCGAUAAAAAUAUUCUCAAUAUCCUUAAGAAGGCUGCGGAAAGUAUAGCGCCAGUGAAAAAAAUGCAUGUCGACGCGGUAUUAAUUACUUACGGGCGUGCUGUAGCUGCAGUCCAUAUAAACGAAGAUUUAAUUGGAGAUUUCAUUGGUCUAACAUAUCCGUCUCUGUUGAAGAUUUGGAAUAACAAUGUUUUUGGUGUAAAGUACCAGAAUAUUUACGAACAAACAGUAAUCAGUGAAAUGGGCUUACCUGUUAUUUUAGAAACCAAAACUCCGACACUUUAUUCUAUAAAAUUGAUUCACGAAUCAACGCCACAAGGGUCAUUGAAAGUAGGAGUAGAUGCUAAACUUUGGCAUCAUCAAGAUUACGCAAUGUCAAUUUACAAUCCUUUAGUGAAUAUUUGGCAUUCUAUUCGUCGAUCUUCAGUACUCAAUGCUGCUCUUCCAGCACAAUUUAUCUUCGGGUUAGAUUUUGAACCUAAAAUUUUAAAGCUGCAGUAUCCUAUAUUGGAUGCUGAACAAUUAUCAACUUUGGGAAUAAUGACACACACAAAAGAUAUUACAGUUGUUACAGACAAUGAAGAUAAUAUACUGGAGACAGCUUGCCCUAAUUGUACUCACCAAGUGGUAGUUUCAAAAGGGGAUGAAUUAAAAAAUAAAUUUGAGCAAACACUUGAUUUGCAAGCUUUAGGAUUGCAAAUAACAGCAGGUAUAUUUGAUUGUGAAAAUGAAAUUACUCCUUAUUUAAUUAACAAAGAAUGGAUGAGAGCAUUGUUUAAAGAGCGGAAAAAUUCAUGGGAUAGUAUAUUGUUGCAUUCAAUACUUGGUAUUCGUCAGCAAUUGAAAAAUAGUGUAAUAUCACCACCAAUGGGAAGCUGUGGGAAAAUUGUUAAAAUUAGCCCUAGUGCCACUUAUCCGACAUCUCACGUUGAUAUGUCUUUUAAAAUAAGUUAUGAAAACUUGGAUAUGAUUAACAAAAUACCUAGUUUAUUGGAAGAACACAAAUUAAACGUGCUAGCUACUUUGGACGCGGUUUCGGCUUCUACAAACGCCUCUGUCGAGUCUUGGUAUUUAAAUUUAGGCAUCGACAUACCAAAAGGACACUUAAAGAAUAGCUUGAAAGCACAAAUAAGGCGAGUUACUUCGGAAAAUGAAAACCUUAAAAUUUGCAUUGAUGGUCAAAAAAUUUAUUCACCUAUUGUGGGCGAUCCAUUGAAGGUUGGACUUACUAAGGAAGAAACUAAUGGAAAACUUAUUAUUUCAAUGGAUCAUUCUGACGAUGAUCAGUGUUAUCGUAAUGAAACUUUGGUUACAAUUACAGUUAAAGGAGAACUUACAAAUGAACAAAAAAAAUUAUUUAUUAAGGACAGUAUUAACAGUGCCUGCAAACAAGACACAGCAAAAAUAAUUAUUGGAUUUCCGAUGAAUUUAAAAACUGUAAAUGUAUCAGUAAUAACACCAUACCGUAGUUAUGAUUUAAUUGAAGUUGAUUUGAAUAUUGAGAACAAUCCACCACGACUAAACGGUUUUGGUUCUGAUUACAACAAAAAUCUAUGGGGAUUCCCGUUGGAUAAUACUCGCUUUGACAUGAAAUUUUUGACUUUAUACUCUCUUGGCCGAAAAAAAAUGUGUUCAGUGUAUCCAAAAGUGGUUUUGACUGUUGACGGUGGAGAGAUUCCAUAUUUAAUUCCUUUGGAGUGGAUAUUAGUCUCUGGAGAUUGUAUAUAUGAAAGAUUUGCUAUUUUCGUAAAAAAUAUUGAUGAUAAACUAGCUCUGAGAAUUUAUCGGGGCGAUGAUGUCAUCGAGAUGAUACCAAGUGACAAUAGUACAAUUCAAAUAAAAGUAAAUGAUGAAAUUAUUGAUCCUACUCUUAAUGGAACCUAUGUACCGAAAAACGCACAAUACUUUUGGACACUAAAAAUAACAAAACUUGGAGAACAUGUAAUAGCAACAAUGGAAAAUGAAAUAAUUGUAAUUGGUUACACUGAAGGAAGUGUGUCUCUUAUGAUUGAUCAAACAUUGCACAGGAGAAUUAAUGGAUUAUGUGGUAAUAUGGAUGGGACAUACAAAAAUAAAAUACCGAAAACGUAUCGUUUAACUCAAGAUUCAAUGACGUCUUAA